AUGAUGGAUGACGGUGGAGGAGCAGCUGCUGAGAGAGCACUGGACAGGGAGACCUUCCACCUGAGCGGCCAGGGAUGGCUCGGCCACAUGCUGCUCGCAUCAUUACACUGCUCUGCCCAGACCUGCGCUGCCGCCAUGAUUGAUGGGCUCCACCAGGCCAAGCAGGCCUAUGGAGGCGGCCCAUCCCCACUCAGGCCCGGCCCAUUCAUCUUCAGCCCCCCAGCAGAGAGCCACGUUACUGUACACUGCGUCUGCGCCUCUGCAUGCCCACCUGAAGCCUGCCCUCCUAAAAUUAAAACUGCACAUUCUUUUUCUGCAGGAAGGAUGCUCCUCGACAUGAGCUAA